GCGGAGGCCGCUGGGACGCGGUUCAGCUCAUUCCCUGAGGCCGGCCCGCGUCCCGUCAGGCGCCGCGCGGGGUUAGCGCGGGGUCAGCGGAGGUCAGCGGGGGUCAGCAGCGGCGGCUCCGAGGGCGCGGCGGACGCAGGGCAGGAUGUACACGCUGCUGUCGGGCUUGUACAAGUACAUGUUUCAGAAGGACGAGUACUGCAUCCUGAUCCUGGGCCUGGACAAUGCUGGGAAGACGACCUUCCUGGAGCAGUCGAAAACCCGAUUUAACAAGAACUACAAGGGGAUGAGUCUAUCCAAAAUCACCACCACCGUGGGCCUAAACAUCGGCACUGUGGAUGUGGGAAAGGCUCGGCUCAUGUUCUGGGACUUAGGAGGGCAGGAAGAGCUGCAGUCUUUGUGGGACAAGUAUUAUGCGGAGUGUCACGGCGUCAUCUACGUCAUUGACUCCACCGACGAGGAGAGGCUGGCUGAGUCCAAGCAGGCGUUUGAAGGUGGUGACCAGCGAGGCGCUGUGCGGUGUCCCCGUCUUGGUGCUGGCCAACAAGCAGGAUGUGGAGGGCACCUCUCCCCAGAAGGGCAGCCGUGUCUCAGGAGUGUGUGGCCAAGCUGUGGGGACACCCAGAAGUGCCUCUCAAUCCCUGACAUCAAGACGGCCUUCAGCGACUGCACCAGCAAGAUCGGCAGGCGGGACUGCCUGACCCAGGCCUGCUCGGCCCUCACAGGCAAAGGGGUGCGCGAGGGCAUCGAGUGGAUGGUGAAGUGUGUCGUGCGGAAUGUGCACCGGCCGCCGCGGCAGAGGGACAUCACGUAGGCGCAGCCGCGCUGCCGUCGGGACGGCUGGUCCCCUGGUGCUGGAGGAGUGGCCUCCUGUUGGCUCCCAUGCUGCUGAUCUGGGGGGUGGGUUUGCUUUGCUUUGGGGUUCUUCUAUUUACUUUGUUUUCUCGAAGACAAACUUUUCUCUAUGUCUGGAAAAGCGUAGGCAUCCGGAGGCUUUGGAGGGGAGUCUGGCAGCCCGGCUGGCCCAGGCCCUGCAGCGGCAGCCUUUCCACAGGGCGCAGCGGCGGCCUUUCGAGGCCCUUUCUGGGGGGUCUGAGGGAGACCUGGUUGGGAAUUGGGGCUUCAGUGCUCAGGCUGGCUUGGGCUGCAUGAGGACAGCCCUGUGGGACCCUCGGGAGACCCCGUGGCUGUCUCUGCCCCAUCGAGGAGGAGGCCCGUCAGCCAUGGCUGCCAUCUGGCUUCUGCCCUGUGACCCCGUGACCCCGGAAGUGGUCUGGGGCUGAUCUUGCCUUGAGGAAGACCCAGGCCAUGUUCCCAAAGGCCAGCGGGGGCCCUGGAUUGUGAUGCAGCCUCGGGACAGGGCUGAGGAGGUCUGUGGGGGAAGACCUAUACCCCACGCCUGGGCCUGGCUUCACCUCAUCUUAAUCCCCAGGGAGGGAGCUGACUGAUGCAAAAAGCUGAGGGGGCCUGCUGGGAGUGGCUGUUUUUAUGCCCCAGCCCCGCAAGUUGGGGAGUGUUUGUGGUCCAGAGCCCUCCCCCAGCCAGGAGAGAACCUCCUGGAGGGGUUCUUUGUGGGGCCCUGUGUCCCCUGCUCGGGAGUAAGGCUGGUCCUGGGGUCCUCCCUGCACAGCCCCCACUGGGCCUGCGAAGUGCUGUGUUCUUCCUCAGUCUGGCUGUGGGCAGGAGCCGCCUGCCCAGUGCCACCCAGGGUGAGUGCAAAAUAAAGACGGCGAGUGUG